UAGGGCCAGGACUUGAUAGAAAAUACAUUUUUGUGCCAUUCACCUUCAACAUGUUUACAAGACCAGGAUGUGUACAGUAUAAUAGGAUGUAAACAAACAAGUGGCCAUUUUUUCUAAUGGCUUUAUUAAAGACAGCGACUGUUGGUUUAUUAGCUGUUAUAUCGGCACCAUUAUCAGGCAAGACCUGUGGGCAAAGUGCAUCAAAUAUCACCCAUUAUCUAAUCCUCUUAAUCUGAAGAGAGUCAUGGGAGGGGGUUUGGAGCCAAUCCUAGCUGACUUUGGACAAGAGGCCGGGUAAACCCUGGACAGGGCUCAUCAAAUAUCAAUAAUGAUCAAAGUUUGGGAGAUGCAGAUUAAUUUGUAAUCUCAUUCACAGUGUUAUUAGUAGGAUUUAUGACUCAAGAUAGCAACAUAUUAAAAAGUAACCUUCUUUCUGAGUUGCUUAGUGUUCAUCGCUGCAGUCUCAGGAUGUUAAAGAUAGUGCUACUCUUAAUGACCCUGCCUGGCCUCCAGGCUGUCCCAGUCGCAGCUCCUAGAGGUUUGCCCGAGACAUCCUCGACCUACCAGCUGCCUGAUGGCUUUCAACAGGGAAAUGAACCCAUUCUUGAUGGCUUCAGACAAGGCACUGUCACUGGAGAGAUGGAGAGAAGACAAUGGCUCACAGAUGAGGGCCAUGUUGAUGUUCCAGCCCAAAAGAGUGGUGGGGGUUGGGUGCGGGUGGAGGAGGCCUCUGCUCCACAUCUCCCGGAUGGCUUCAGACAGGGAACAGAGCCCUUCAUGCCCAUCCGGGACGGCUUCAGGCAGGGAACCGCGCCCUUCAUGCCCAUCCGGGACGGCUUCAGGCAGGGACCCGAGCCCUUCAUGCCCAUCCGGGACGGCUUCACGCAGGGAACCGAGCCCUUCAUGCCCAUCCGGGACGGCUUCAGGCAGGGAACCGGAACUUCCACCUCUUGGAUUCAAACAGUAGCGUGUAAGGGGGAGGACAUCAGUGGAAACUGCUACGAGUUCAACCCUACACCACUGACCUUCCAAGAUGCACAGGUCUUAUGCAGAGCUCUUGCUCCAAAUGCUGAGCUUGCAUCAGUAACCAGUGGUGAUCUCCAUUACCACCUGGUUUCACUGGUGACCAAGGGUGGUGAGAGCAGCCCUGUGCUGACCUGGCUGGGAGGAAUGGUCAAGAACCAGCAGACAUCAUGGGUAGAUGGGUCAGAGUGGAGUUACAGUGACUGGAUGCCAGGCCACCCCAACAAACACACAAACAAACUCGUCUGUGUGGAAAUGUUCAAGAUGGAUGAGAGCUGGACGGCCGCUGAUUGUGACCUGAAGAGAGCGUCCAUCUGCUCCUACCCCAUCACUGCAUAAGAUCACAAAGCAACACAGCAUCAGAAAGCAGGCCCUUGAUUUUGCUGACAAUAUUGUUUCCAUUAGUCUGGUGUACCUACCACUUUGUCUGCUUGAAUAAAACUUGGCAUAUUAU